GUAGACAAGAUGCGGGGUUUCUUUUUCUCUUUACCUGUACCCUCCCUACCCCACCCCGGGGCUCUGGGGGAUAUGGGUGGCAAAGCCCACCCCCCAGCCAUGUACUCUCCGCACCCCGGCCAGGUUGGCGGGACCGUAUCUGGGGGACCGGAGCCCCCCUUCUCCCUGCGGUGAGCCGGGGCGGCCUGCGCACUGCGCAGACUCCCCGCUGCAGUGGGCGGAGCCCCGUCUGGCCCCGCCCCCCUUCCUCCCGCCCCUGCUUAGCCUGUUGGGGCAGAAGCUGGGGCCCCGCGGAGGUAGCAGCUGCCGCCUGUGGAGUGAGACCGAGUCCCCUCCGGGACAAGGAGACCCAAUGGAUCCCGUGAGCCCGACACUACUCUGCUUUCCGUGAUGUUCCCCCAAAGCCCGGAAACCCCACCACAGUGCCAGCUUUUGUUCCCCACAGUUUGGAGACCCUGACACACCCACUUGCCCCGCCUGGGCUCCACAUAUCCCCUGGCUGCCUGGCAAGAUGAAGCCUAAACUGAUGUACCAGGAGCUAAAGGUGCCUGCUGAGGAGCCUGCCAAUGAGCUGCCCAUGAAUGAGAUUGAGGCUUGGAAGGCUGCGGAGAAGAAAGCUCGUUGGGUCCUGCUGGUCCUCAUCCUGGCGGUCGUGGGCUUCGGAGCCCUGAUGACUCAGCUGUUUCUAUGGGAAUACGGCGACUUGCAUCUCUUCGGGCCCAACCAGCGCCCAGCCCCCUGCUACGACCCCUGCGAAGCAGUGCUGGUGGAGAGCAUUCCAGAGGGCCUGGACUUCCCCAAUGCCUCCACGAGCAACCCGUCCACCAGCCAGGCCUGGCUGGGCCUGCUCGCCGGUGCCCACAGCAGUCUGGACAUCGCCUCUUUCUACUGGACUCUCACCAACAAUGACACCCACACUCAGGAGCCCUCUGCCCAGCAGGGUGAGGAGGUCCUCCGGCAGCUACAGGCCCUGGCACCUCAAGGCGUGAAGGUCCGCAUCGCCGUGAGCAAGCCCAACGGGCCCCAGCCGCAGGCCGACCUGCAGACCCUGCUGCAAAGUGGUGCCCAGGUCCGCAUGGUGGAUAUGCAGAAGCUGACCCAUGGCGUCCUGCACACCAAGUUCUGGGUGGUGGACCAGACCCACUUCUACAUCGGCAGCGCCAACAUGGACUGGCGCUCCCUGACCCAGGUCAAGGAGCUAGGCGUGGUCAUGUACAACUGCAGCUGCCUGGCUCGGGACCUGACCAAGAUCUUUGAGGCCUACUGGUACCUGGGCCAGGCGGGCAGCUCCAUCCCGUCAACCUGGCCCCGGCCCUAUGACACGCGCUACAAUCAAGAGACACCGAUGGAGAUCUGUCUCAACGGAACCCCUGCUCUGGCCUACCUGGCAAGUGCGCCUCCACCACUGUGUCCCAGUGGCCGCACCCCAGAUCUGAAGGCCCUGCUCAAUGUGGUGGACAACGCCCGGAGUUUCAUCUACGUUGCGGUCAUGAACUACCUGCCCACCAUGGAGUUCUCCCACCCACGCAGGUUCUGGCCCGCCAUUGACGACGGGCUCCGGCGGGCUGCCUAUGAGCGGGGCGUCAAGGUGCGCCUGCUGGUCAGCUGCUGGGGACACUCUGAGCCAUCCAUGCGGGCCUUCCUGCACUCCCUGGCCGCGCUGCGUGACAACCACACCCACUCCGACAUCCAGGUGAAACUCUUUGUGGUCCCUGCGGAUGAGGCCCAGACCCGGAUCCCAUAUGCCCGCGUCAACCACAAUAAGUACAUGGUGACCGAACGCGCCACCUACAUCGGAACCUCCAACUGGUCUGGCAGCUACUUCACGGAGACGGCGGGCACCUCGCUGCUGGUGACACAGAAUGGGCGUGGUGGCCUGAGGAGCCAGCUGGAGGCCGUUUUCCUAAGGGACUGGGACUCCCCUUACAGCCAUGACCUUGACACCUCAGCUGACAGCGUGGGCAAUGCCUGUCGCCUGCUGUGAGGCCGCGGUCCCGCAGACAGGCUGAGGCCUGCGAGGCCCCCACGGACCCAGAUAUCCCGGGUCCCGGCCCCUGUCCCCGUGCCCCCGCUUCUGUGUGUCCCGUUGUGGCUCCACUGGCUCUCCCCUGCUCUCCCACCUCUACCUCCGCCCCUGCCAGCCUGACGCUGUGGCCCCAGGACCCGGCCCAGCUGGGGGAGGGAUCAGCCCCCGAAGAAAUGGGGGUGCAUGCUGGGCCCGGCCCCCUGGCCCACCCCCCUUUCCAGGGCAAAGAGGGCUCAAGGUUAUAAGAAGAAGUAAAUAACUUGUCUGUA